UAUCGUAAUUGAAAAAAAGCUACUACUAUUUUACAAGAAUUAAAUAUUGUCUCUAGAAAAUGAAAGCAUGCGAUGCUCGAUUAAAUUAAAAAGGUUAGCCUUGACAUGGCCAAUGUAUUCCUUCAAGAAAGUAAUCACGUCCCAGAGGAAAACAAAGCUAUUAAGUUAGGUUGAAUUAGUUGUAUCAACUUUGACUUGGGAGAUAGCAAAAGAAUCCCGUUACUACUUUAUUAGGAUAAAGUUGGUUUGAAAACAUUAGAAGGAACAUGGAGAACGGUACAAGGAAACGUCAUUAUCACCUGAGCUUGUUCCUAUAAGUAGGAAAUGUUGGCCCAACAUUAAGCAAUCUUAAACCAAACCAUCUUUCUGGUGCGUGGUUGUCAUGUCAUGUGAUUUCUCAAGGAAUCCCUUUACAAUGGUCUUUAUCACUUUACUGGUUUUGGUCUUGCAAAGCUUGUCGACCUUUGGUGAUGAACAACUUUUAGUCCGUGACUAUUACAAGGAAACAUGCCCUAUGGUUGAAGAGAUUGUUAGGUAUAAUCUUCAGUUUGCCGUGCUUAAAAAUCCAAGAAUGGCCGCCUCUCUGCUUCGCUUGCAUUUUCAUGAUUGCUUCGUUAUGGGAUGCGAUGCAUCGGUUCUUCUAGACAGCUAUGGAGGCAUGGUCAGUGAAAAGCAGGCAGGGCCUAACGUGAACUCAUUGCGUGGAUUCGAAGUCAUUGAUAGGAUCAAGUAUCAAUUGGAAGAAGCAUGCCCUCUCAUAGUCUCAUGUGCUGAUAUCUUAGCCAUUGCUGCUCGUGAUGCUGUUGCAGUGAGAGGUGGCCCAGGUUGGGAGGUUUAUCUAGGCAGAAAGGACUCCCUCAAGGCAAGUUUUGAUGGUGCCAAUCAGUUUAUACCCGCACCAAAUUCCUCUCUGGAGACUCUCAUUGCCAAUUUUAAACAACAUGGUCUUGACAUAGGAGACUUGGUUGCUUUAUCAGGUAGCCACACGAUGGGAAAGGCAAGAUGCUUAAGCUUUAGGCAACAAAUACACGAUGAGAGUGCUGAAGAACAUUACGAUAAAUACAAGAGAUACACCCCCUUUCGAAGAAUCCUACGGUCCAUAUGUCCAAAAACAGGAAAAGACAAUCAAUUGGCUCCGCUUGAUUUUGAAACCCCGGCUAGAUUUGACAACCACUAUUUCCUCAACAUUCUUGAGGGAAGAGGGUUGCUGGGGUCCGAUAACGUGUUGGUGACGGAAGAUCAUGAGGGGGAGAUAAGAAAGCAGGUGUGGGCUUAUGCCUCUGAUCAAAAGCUUUUCUUCGCAUCGUUUGCCAAUUCUAUGAUAAAGAUGGGGAAUAUUAACGUACUUUAUGGGAAUGAAGGAGAGGUCAGGAAGAAUUGUAGGUUUGUCAACACCUAACAAGCUUCUCAUUCUGGACGAGUUAAAUUGUGGAUCUUGGUUACUUAAUUUAUGGACUAUUGGAUUACUUCUACUCCUCUGUGAUUUGAUUUGGAGAUGUUUAAUUAUAUGAUUGUUGUUGCUCGAUCUAGAA